AUGAGCGCAGUCCUACUCCGGAGUCGACCGGGCGCUCCAGGAUUGAGGAGAAUUGGGCUGUUACCAUGCCGGCUGUCUCUCUCGAACCCAUCGGCAUCCAUCCGCCUCGCUGGUCCUAGAUAUCUUUCCGGCUCGACUCGCCGCGGUCCCGGCGCCAAAUGCCUCGCUUCACCGACCUUCUUUACCAGCCGGAUGUCGGUUCGAUAUAACUCAACCGCAUCCGAAUCGUCUGCCGUCAAGCCAAAGUCCAAAGCGCUCAACAUCGUGUACAAAUCGUUUGCAGCAUGCGGUUUCUUCAUUGUCAUGAGCGGCGCCGCGGUGCUGGCCUUUUUCAUCUACGAUGCGACCACAUACAAGGAACAUCUCACCGCGCAAGAUAUCCCUGUCUCGGAAUUGGCGCUGAACCCCAGACGUGGUGGGCCCAAGAACCUGCCUAUCGCGGAGAUUCUGGUGGAUGACAACGACUCGGACACGAUGGAAGAACAGAAGGACAAACCCCGACUGGUAGUCUUGGGUACUGGCUGGGGAAGCAUCGCGCUUCUGAAAAACCUCAACCCCGGCGACUAUCAUGUCACGGUCGUCUCUCCCACCAAUUAUUUUUUGUUCACUCCAAUGCUCCCCUCCGCGACUGUCGGUACACUGGGACUGCGAUCACUUGUUGAACCGGUGCGGCGUAUCGUCCAGCGGGUCCACGGCCACUUCCUCAAGGGCGAGGCUGUUGAUGUCGAGUUCUCAGAGAAAAUGGUUGAAAUUGCUGGAUUGGAUGCAAAUGGCAAUCUGCAGCACUUUUAUCUCCCGUACGACAAGUUGGUUAUCGGUGUUGGUUGCGUAACAAAUCCCCACGGUGUGAAAGGCUUGGAAUAUUGCCAUUUCCUGAAGACAAUCGAUGAUGCCCGCCGAAUCAAGAACCAAGUCUUGGAGAACAUGGAGUUGGCAUGUCUGCCUACCACUACUGACGAGGAGCGGCGACGUUUGCUAUCAUUUGUUGUCUGCGGUGGUGGUCCGACUGGUGUUGAAUUCGCGGCCGAGCUUUUCGAUAUGCUCAACGAAGAUCUGCUUCACUCCUUCCCCAAGAUCUUGCGCAACGAGAUCUCUGUCCACAUCAUCCAGAGCCGAACCCACAUCCUUAACACCUACGACGAGGCUCUAUCGAAGUACGCCGAAGCCCGGUUUGCUAGGGACCACGUCGACGUCUUGACGAAUGCACGGGUGAAGGAAGUCCGCGAUGACAAGGUCAUCUUUACACAGCAAGAGGAUGGAAAGACGGUAACGAAGGAGAUCCCAAUGGGCUUCUGCUUGUGGUCCACCGGUGUCGCGCGCGCCGAUCUGUGCAAGAAGCUUUCCGACAAGCUGGAUGCGCAAAACAACAAGCAUGCACUUGAGACGGACUCCCACCUGCGUCUGAUUGGCGCCCCUCUUGGUGACGUCUAUGCUAUCGGCGAUUGCUCAACCGUCCAAAACAAUGUAGCGGAUCACAUCGUAUCGUUCUUACGCACAAUCGCCUGGGAGAGAGGUAAAGACCCGGAGAAGCUCCAUCUCACCUUCCGCGAAUGGAGAGACGUCGCCUCCCGAGUGAAGAAGCGCUUCCCCCAGGCAUCUAACCACCUGCGCCGUCUCGACAAGCUGUUCGAACAGUACGACAAGGACCAAUCUGGCACUCUCGACUUCGGCGAACUCUCCGAACUGCUCCACCAGAUCGACACAAAACUCACAUCCCUACCUGCUACUGCCCAGCGUGCCAACCAGCAGGGAGAAUACCUCGGUCGUAAGCUGACGAAGAUCGCUGCCGCACUCCCCGGCCUGCGAGCCAAUGAGAUCGACCAUGGUGAUCUCGACGAGGCCGUUUACAAGGCAUUCAAAUAUAAGCAUCUCGGAAGUCUCGCCUACAUCAGCAAUGCGGCGGUCUUCGACUUUGGCGGUCUCAACUUCAGCGGCGGCCUGCUCGCUAUGUAUCUCUGGCGGAGUGUGUACUUCACCGAGAGUGUCAGCUUCCGCACUCGGUGUAUGCUUGCCAUGGAUUGGGCUAAGAGAGCCCUUUUUGGCAGAGAUCUCAUGAGUUUCUAG